AGUGCUGGUCGCAGACUGCCUGGCUCCGCACCCCCUAAAGCCCGAAAGGCAGGCUCUGGGGGCAGGGCGUGGGGUGGGGGUGACAGGGGCUGGGGAACUGCUUGAAUGCUGCCCUGUGACCGCCGAGAUGAGGGAACAGCCCUUAUUUGCCUGGCUCUGAUCCUCCAUGCUGUCGUGGUUGUGGAAUGCAAAAGCCAGGACAUGAUGGAAACAGGGCUUGACGAUCCUUCCAGAAUGCCGGAGGAAAGUUCUCCCAGGCGGACCCCACAGAGCAUUCCAUACCAGGACCUGCCUCACCUGGUCAAUGCCGACGGGCAGUACCUUUUCUGCAGAUACUGGAAACCCACGGGCACACCCAAGGCCCUCAUCUUUGUGUCGCAUGGAGCCGGGGAGCACUGUGGCCGCUAUGACGAGCUGGCUCAGAUGCUGAUGGGGCUGGGGCUGCUGGUGUUCGCCCAUGACCACGUUGGCCACGGACAGAGCGAAGGGGAGAGGAUGGUAGUGUCCGACUUCCACGUUUUCAUCAGGGAUGUGUUACAGCACGUGGAUAUCAUGCAGAAAGACUACCCAGGGCUUCCUGUCUUCCUUCUGGGCCACUCCAUGGGAGGUGCCAUCGUCAUUCUCACGGCUGCGGAGAGGCCAAGCCACUUCUCCGGUAUGGUCCUUAUUUCGCCCUUGGUUCUGGCCAAUCCUGAGUCUGCGACAACUUUCAAGGUCUUCGCUGCGAAAGUUCUCAACCUUGUCUUGCCAAACCUGUCCCUGGGCCCAAUUGACUCCAGUGUGCUCUCUCGGAAUAAGACGGAGGUGGAGCUUUACAACACGGACCCACUCAUCUGUCGGGCAGGUCUGAAGGUGUGCUUCGGCAUCCAGCUGCUCAACGCCGUCACACGGGUGGAGCGGGCCCUCCCCAAGCUGACCUUGCCCUUCUUGCUGCUCCAGGGCUCUGCCGACCGCCUUUGUGACAGCAAAGGGGCCUACCUGCUCAUGGAAUCCGCCAAGAGCCAGGACAAGACGCUCAAGAUUUACGAAGGUGCCUACCACAUUCUCCACAAAGAGCUUCCUGAAGUAACCAACUCCGUCUUCCGUGAAAUAAACAUGUGGGUCUCCCAAAGAACAGGGGCGGCGGGAACCGGGUCCCCACCCUGAGCGCACCGGCUACGUGGCCGGCGCACGGUUGGGGACCUGGGCAGAGGACGGGCAGAAGCUGGCUUCUCACGCGUGGCUUGCCGGGGGAGGGGGGAGGAAAUCACAAACUGGAGGAAUCCCUAGCACGAUUUUGUCGAUUUUGUUGUAUACCAGGCUGCCUGCUACUGGGUCUACCUUAAGGUGUAGACAUGUUUGCGAAAAAAUGGAGAGGGGUCACAGGGAGGAGAUGUGCUCCGAUGUCCUUAAAACCAAGUGAAGCCUCUGCCCUGCCUCCUCCCCCCACCCUCCCCCAACAAGGGUCCCAGGAACUCCUGGUGUUCCUCGAACACCUGACUGCAAUAAUUAGAGGAGUCUCCCAGCACCCCCCACCGCCCUUCCCUCCAGCCCCCACCCCAGGACCCUCCCCAACUAGCCCCGCUCUGUGGCCUUUCUCUGGCUGUGGGAUGUGGUGGCAGGGGCAGCUCCCCCGGGGCAGACUCCCUUGCACUCCGAGGCCCAGAACAUGCCCGGGACUUCCUUGGCACGAGGAGCCGCCCAUGCCACCCAUGUCAGCUCCUUGUCAGCCUGGAGCUAGGCUUUGGGACGGGAUGAGGUUUGGCCACACAAAGAGGACUGGGCAGGAACCCCUCCUUGUUGCCUGGGGAACCCGAGGCUGCCCACUGAGUGCUUUACACAUUCAGAGGCUGCUCUUCCCUGUGGGACCCGUUGGACCUGACACUAUGAGAGGGGAAUGGUAUUGAAGAGGAAACAUUUAAUAUAUAAUGUAUAUUCUAAAGCAGGGAUUAUUUGGGUGGGUGGGUGGGUGGGACCAAGUGUGGGAGCCUGAUGCCCCUGCACAGGAUGGGACAAACUGGCCGCAGGGCCCUAGGUCGAGGUGUGACCCCUGGAAGCAGGGCCAGCAGUGGGCGGUGCCAGGCGUGUCCCUGGUCCUGGCCUGCCCACAGCCACCCUGGGAGCCUCAGUUCUGGCAGCAUAGCUCCCUCUGGUGGCAGAAGAGGAGAGUCCCGACUCCAUGGCCCUGCCCAGGGCUGCAGCACCGACGCCCCACUCACAACCCCCUUUCCCGGAGGCUGGGACAGGAGGGGCCAGCGAGGGCUGGCAUGGGCCCACCUUUCCCAGCAGAGGGCCCUGCAGCGCCUGACCUGCCUUUCUCAGGUGCCAAACCCCACCUGCCCACCCUGGGCCCUCCCUUAGCGCCAGCAAUAAAUGGGGAACACCGGCCACUGCGGCGGGGGUAGGGGGGGAACCUUUCACUUUCAAAUGGGACUGUUGUUACCUCGAAGCUCCUUAGUGCACAUAUGACCCUGGGUGGGGGUGGACCCGCGAGGGGGACGCCUGCUCGGCCCGCAGGGUGCAGUCGAGGGACCUCAAGGCCCUGGAUGAGGCGGCUGCUCCCGGGCCAGGCCCUCUGAAUUUGGGGACUGGGAGUUGGGUCUCCCACCUCUCUUCUUGCAGCGGUGGGAACUGUUGCCCUUCACCCACGCCCUGUUCUGGGGCUUGCUCUGGGUCCCCAGAGGGGAGGGUCCCCCUGCUCUCCUUCCAGGGGCCCUGACCAUGGCAUAGCCAAGCGCUGGUCACCCUCCAGAGGGCAAACCCCUGGCCCCAAUGGGAAGUCAUGCUGACCUGGGGGUGAGGUCUGUGUUCUCCUGCCCUUCUGGGCAGUGGGCGGGGGGUGGGGGUAGGGGCAGGGAGAGGGCAGGGCCCAUGGCCCCACAGAAAGAAGCUUUCUGUGACCCAUCUCCCUUCUCUGGCUUCUCUUUUGGAGGAGAAAAAUGUAAAAUAUGCACUGAAAGAGAAGGUCAGCCCCUGCCUGUUCAAAUUGGGCCACUGUAUGAAUGUUUCUGCUCCUCGGCUGAGGAAAAACAAAUGCCACCCACAAACCCCCCAAACCUCGGGCACCCUUAAGUCCAGAUCAAGAAUUCUCGCCCAGAGCUGGGAUAACGCAAGUCACACGAAGCCGCCUCACCUCCCACCCCUGACGCCUCUCCCAGAGCAUGUGCCGGCUUGGCCAUUUCUCUAAUUAAAUAUCAGGCCCGUGGUUUGACCAGGAGUGAUUUGGACGCAUGGAUUUAUUCAUAUGAAAGCUCUGACAGAGGCAUAUUCAGUCACAUUUACAUAUCUGGUUAAAGGUUAAAAAAUUGCCUAUAUUAAAAAGAAAAAAGAAUUAUUUGGAAGCAGGACUGUCUCCUAAAACAGGAGGGGACAAGGACAUGGCUACACCCACUGCUCAAUGGGAGCAGGUGUGGGAGGCAGACACCAGCUGCGUCUGUUGUCCCACUGGGGCCGCACCAGGGCUAUGGGCCCGCCUGUCCUGGGGGAGCUAUGCAAGGCUCGAGUUCAUUCUCAGUGGUGACGGCUCCAUGCCGACAUUGGGAGCUUCAGAGUCAUCCCUUCACCACGAUGAGGAGCUGAGUUUGGAAGGGAAGCGAGGUCAUUCUUGGCCCGGCCUUGAGAAGGAGAGAAGGACCCCGGAGACGCACACCUCCUGGGACCCGAGGUCCAAGCACUGACGUGGAGGCAGCCCCUUCCUCUGGAAAUCGGAGGUCACCCCGGUUCAUACAGAAACCAUGGGGUUCAGGCCUGGCAGUCCUUCUAGGAAAAGAUGUCCUUUGCAGUGGGAAUGGAGGGGGGCGGUGGUUGCUCCUUUGCAGGGAUGGGGGUGGAUGGUCACAGGUCCCCCCUCCCAGCUUCCAGGGGGCACCAAAGGAUGCCUGGGAAACCCGCCUGCUCUGUUCUGCACUGUGGCAAGGUCCCAUGCUACCUUUUCUCUCUUUCACCAAUCACUAACAUAAACUCAUUGGGGUUAUCGUGAUCUAAGCAGUUUGCCACUUAUUGUACCUGCAGCUCAGCCACAACCCUCUGUGCGUACCGUUACUGGGACUUGCGAUCCGUUCAGAACUAUCAAAGGAACCAUGUAUGUCACAGCUAAUCCUAAUAAACCGGGUGUUUUCUGCA